CACCGUAAAUCAAACCUCCCACUAUCAGGGAGAUGGGCAGUAGUCGCCUACUCUACAGACCGGAUGUGAACUAUAUCACACAUUGUUGUAUCUACCGCAACUGCUGUACCUAGAUAUUUAGUAUUAAGUCCAAUAGCUCUUUUUUUAUGUAUCGAACAGAAAACUUAGGAAUGUGUGAUUAAGUAUCUAGGUUUUAAUUGAAAGCUUCGUAUUUUGCAGACUACCAUCGGUGGUUGGAGGAAUGAGAGGAGGCGGUUGGUAAUUCUUGAGGUGGCAACAGGUUGCAAUGAUCAUCGUAAGACCUCGUGCCCGAGCGUUAACUUGUCAUUUGUUUUUAUCAUUUAAUUACAAAAAAUGUUUUACCGCUGUUCACUGACAAUGGCUCUUCGGUCAAGUGUAAGUAUCAUCUUUUGAACAUACUGAAGAAGCAUGUGAUUUAAAUUAUUUUACAGUGAAAUUACUUUAUAUUGCUAUUCAAUAAACGUCUACAAAAUGUCCAUAAACAAUUGUGUAAUCUUACUGUCCGACUCGGUAAGAUAACUAUAAAACGUGGAAGAAAUGGAAAGUCGCCCCGAUUUUUCCCUCGAUAGAUCUCGACUUCUGGCCGGAGCGGGACUUAACACUCCCCAUGGCUUUCCCGUGGACGCUCCGUCGCCACAUCCAACACCUUUACGGACUUCGUUUUCAGAUAUGAGUCGUGCGGGUACGGCUAACGACCCAUCAUCUCUUUCAGCAUACCACAGCCGAUUUCUCCAGGCCUCACUGCCUUUGGGCAACAAUGGGACCAGUUAUUCCUAUUUGAGUGGGAUAUACAACAGUAAUUUCCCUGCUCCGUCCACCUCUCCAUUCAGAGUGCCACCUACAGGAAUAAUAAUGAGACAGUUUUGGCCCCCUACACCACCACCAGACAAUUAUAGCAGAUAUGGAAUAGGUAGUAGCCUCUAUACGAUGUUUCCAGCAAUGGGGUCACUUGCUCCAUCUACGGACCCAAACCCAUACUCCAGUCAAGGAUAUAUUUCUAGAUUGGGACAGUCAUCUUCACAUUACCAUUCUAUUCUAGAAGCAGCACAUAAAGAACCUACCUACUUGCCUCCAGGACUAGCUCUAGCAUCUCCUCUUGCCAUGAACAGUCAUUUAGGGCACACAACACCAGUACCCUCCCUGACUCCAGCUCUUGACCGCCAUCCAAGCUAUAGUCACUUGGGGCUAGGGAUGAAAGGGCUAGAUGUUGGAAGGCGCACUCUCCUUGUGGAAGAGGAAGACUUUCGAAGAGUAGAACGUGGAGCAGAUGACUUGGAAGGAUUUUUGAAAAGAGAAGUAUCAAAUGUUAGUUGCCAUCACAAGGUAGAUCGGGCAAGGUUGGGCAUGAAUGUUAUAGAAUCUCAAAUUCGAGCUGCUGGAAAACAAACAGAUUCCUCCUCUAGUGUUGUGUCACAAGAGAAGGCAUCAGAAAGUAGAAGUAAAAACCGUGAAGACAAACAGAAAGAUAAAAAAAUGCAACUUCAUCUUACAGAGUGCUGUCUGACACACAAUAACCCACUACUUUGUAGAGGAACUAAACACAGUAAAUCUCGUGGGUUGACCACAAGUUAUGAAGUUGAAAAAACUGCAAAAGAAAAAAAAUGUUCCAGGUGCUCUUCUGAUUUAACAAACAGCAUUGGCAGUCCUCAUUGUGUAACUAAAACAACUGCUAAAGUAAAAAGCACAGAUUAUCAGGAAGAACAUCAGAAAACGGUUCUGGAUUCCUCUUUAACUACAACAGUGGUCACACCUACUAGUACUGUGGAAACCACCUCAGUUACUACCACAAGAAUUCACAUGACACCAUCAUUAGUUAAUUCAAAUGUUUCCAUUAUUUCCAAAACACAAAAGUCUAACAAUACGGUGUCUGUUGAUGAUACAAAAAUUUCAAACAAAACUUCACAGUGUAAAGAAAAGUGUAGAGAUAGUAGCAUUUCAUGCAGUACUCAAAGUGACCUUGCACCACAGUCACAAAACCUAACUUGUUCGGAUCAUGAUCAUGACAUAUUGAAACUCACACAAAGUCAGGAAGCAGGGACCAUAGAUCUGUCUCUUCCUUUAACAGGUCAGUCUUGUGAACCAAUUCGGAAUGUUUCCUCACAAGUGAGUGAGGGUGAAAAUGAACAGAGUUUGCUCUCUAGUCAAAACACCUCUAUAAGCAAAGUUAGUGAAUCCCUCAUUUCCAAACAAAAAUCAUCAAACACUUUGUCCAGAUCCUGUUCUCUCACCUUGUCUCACACAGUUGCUUCACAGCCAUUGAAAGAUGACAAUUCAACAUUGUGUGUAGUGUCGAGCAAUAGCAAGAGACAUUUGACCCACUCACCAAAGAGCCACACACCUUCUUCUACUCCAAUGUUAUUAUCUGGUGUCCACAUAAAACAAGAGAGAAUAGAAGGAGAAGAACACUGUCCAUUAAGUAAAACAUGCAACUCUUCUCUUUCGUCCACAUGGCAGGAUCUCAGUUUGUCUAGAAAUGAUAUGACUGAAGAGGAUCAAGGUGUUAUUAAUCUCAGUAUACCACGCAGAGUUCCUAAACAAGAACCUGUAGAAUUUGCCUUACAUUAUAGGAUGCAACCAGAAUCUCCAUCAAGGAAAAGUCUUUCAUCAGAGAAAGUUCAAUCAGACUUUGUUUCAUCCAAAAAUCUUGCAACAUUAACAGGUUUAGCAUUACAUGGAACUACAUCUGUGGCCAAAUCAACACUUCAAACAAAUGAUGUAAUGCAUCCUACAGAUCAGAUUGCUGAGAAACCUAGAUCUUCUGGGAAAGCUGUAAAAGCUACCACAUCAGUUCAGUCUCAACUAGUUAGUAACCCAGAUUGUGCAUCUACCUUCUCUUUAGUAACAACAUGUUUGACUGUCUCUCAGCCACCAGUUUUAUCCAGUACUCUGUCAGGGCUACCCAGUCAAGAUGGUGGUAUUUCAGGCCAACAAACAUUUCCUGCUUCCAAAAGGUCUGAUUAUCCUUUUGUUGCAACAAAUGCUAAUCCUCAUCCAAGUACCACAACAAAGCCUAGUGCAUCAGUGUCUGGAUCUUUGACGUGGUCCUGCUCCUCUGGUAAUAGUGUUUCUACCAAUAAUACGUGUCAACCAAGUUCUGUAGCCUUGACUUUUUCUUCUACAGCAAACUCAAACAUCCCUGUAGGAAUAGCAGUAGCUCAAAAGAGACAAGGUGUUUCAACAAAUUCAGCUGAUAAAGGUGGAUCCCAAUUUGGAAUAAAUACAGAUCAUUCAAGCAGAUCAUCUGCUAUAUCUUCUUUGCCUACUGGAAGUUCAGAUAGUUCCAUUCCUGAAAAAGAAGGGUAUUUACAGGAAUCUUCAGGACUGAAUAUGCAGCAACAUCCUGUAGAGCCAAACUUAAAUGACAAUUCUACCUGCAUACUCAGCCAAGAUGUUAAUCCUCCAGUUACCCAGUGGGAGUCAGAUUCUGUUGUACGCACCCCAAUAGCACAGCACUGGGUUACUCCUAGUCCUGUAGUAGGUCCCACAGUUUGGCUUAGUCAGAACACGUAUAACCCUACUCCAGCUCCACCUCAAACAGCUCUACCAUAUUCCAUAGACCCAUCUCACAUUCCCAUAUCACCUGGGGGAUAUCAAGUCUAUAGAGAUUCUUUAACUAAUCAGAUUUUUCUACUGCCUACAGCAACAAAUAUAGAAAUCGUGGACCGAUCUGGAAUUUGGACAGGCUACCCAGCUCCCCCUUGUAGCACACCAGUGCAACAAAUGUUUACAACCCAACCUCAUCAGCCACCAUUUCAAGCUCAAGCCAUACAAGAGGAAGACCAACUCAAACACCAAACAACAAAGAAUAAAAAUUCAUCUCUGCCUAGUAACUGCAUUACAACACUAGAAAUUUCAGAAGAUGAAGAGAGAAAUGGGUCAUCACAGGGUAUCUGUGAAGAAUAUGAAGAUGAUAAAACUGAAGACAAAACUCACGGAAUGCUUCACACAGCUCCAUCAUUGCCUCUUGGCUCUUCCUCAACCGUUUCUUACCCAGCAUUCCCUCAAGCUACUGCCCCAGCAGCACUUUCUUAUUUCUAUGAAGCUUCCACAAUUGUUCACCUGACUCAAACCCAGUCAACAACUGCUAUUCAAACAGAGCCAGGUAAACGUUCACAGGGAACAUCACCUAUGAAUCCUGUUACUCCAUCACCACCACCUGUACUUUUGGGUUCUGAGCAAGGUGUUCAGACAUCAGUUUCUGAUGAAGGAGAUGAGAGUGAGAAUAAUGAUGAAGAAGGGGAGAUAGAAGUUAGUCAAGUUACAACUGAAGGAGAACAACCUAGUCAGGCUAUGAGUGUUACAACUGCAAUUCAAGUAGAUAUGGACUCUCAGACAAAUUCAGAUUAUACUGAUGUAGAAGAACAUGCUGUGGAAGUAACAGAUUCUGCCAACCAAACUGAUAACCUUUUGAUGAGUGUGGGUAAGGAGUUUUGUACAAGUGGUGAAGAGGAGUCAUGUGAUGUCACUCAUCCUCUUUCUCCUGCUGUAAUAGAAAACCUUUCUGUUGCUAAUAGUAAUGAUUCAGAAACUCAGUUGUUCCAGGAGCAGCCUUCUUUGAAUGUUGAAGUAGUUGAAGAAGACUCUGCACCUGUACUUUCAGCAGCUAGCAAACCAGUCAUGGACUUCAUUGAUCAUCAUGGGUUAAACUUGCUUGUGGAUAGCAUUGAAGAAUUUGCUUCACGUGAACAAGAAGGAAAGACUAUGGAAAUGGACCAGCAUCAUUCAGACAACUCAGAUGAACAGUCUAGUAAGAAAAUAAGUGACUUAGAUGAUAGUGCUAAAGUCAAUGACAUUAUGAAUCCCUCUGAAGACUCCAUGUUGUUGAAAUCAAAGUCAUUGUCAAACAGUAUUGAUUCUUCAUGUACUGAUGGUUUAGGACUGUUAUGUGCCCUAGCUGAACAGCGAUUCUUGGAAGAAUCAAUGAACAUCCAAGGUCCAGAGGUUGGACUGAACCUCAGUUUGAAGCAUGAUAUUAAUCAAAACUAUGAGGAAUCUAACAGGCAAGAUGACAACCCUAAUUCUAAGAGUCCUUUACAAGUUUAUGCUUUCAGUAGUAAGUCCUCGUCUCCAUUUUACACAUUGGAAAGUCCAUUAUUUGUUAGUAAUGCUCCAAAAACAAUGGAUGUUGCAGAAUUGGAGAUGAAAUUGCAGCUGGCAGAAUUACAGAAAAAAUACAAAGAAAAACAAAAGGAACUGGCCAAACUUCAGCCAAAAAAAGAAAAGGAAGAACCAGACAAUACUCCUGUGAAAAGACGACCAGGACGCCCAAGAAAAAAGCGUUUCAUGACAUUAAAAUCAAAAACUUUGGAUAUUUCUCCAACAUUGUUUGGAGACCUUUUAUCAGAAUCAGUUCCAGAAACCUCUGCCCCAGUCCUGGAUCCUUCCCAACAUUCAUCUUCUUCUGAACUCACAUUUUUUGAAACUCUUGCUCCAGAAACUUCUGAUGUAUUAUCAGGGUCACCUAAAAAGAAGAAAAAGAAAUGUUCUCCAACAGAAAACAAAAUUUGCCAGAUUUUGAAGAAACCUAAAGAAAACAGGUUCUGUGCAAAAUUUAGUGUCACAAAGAAGUCAAAUACCAAAGGAAAGAAAUCAUCUUUAAAACCAGAAUUUACAAAUAAAACUGGAGAAUUAAAUGGUUAUCAAACAGAAAAGCUGCAGACUCUCCCUGUUCCUGUGCAAGAAGACAUACCAAUAGACAACUGCAACACUCUCAUGAUAGAUGACAAAGAUAUUUCAGCAGCUGAUGACAAUACCAAAAAAUAUCUUAAGCCUAAGAAUGAAACUAAAAUCAGCAGUGAAGCAGUUAAAGAGGAUUAUAAUGAGCAAGAAAUGGAGUCAUCUGUUAACAAACAAGGAUUGUCCAAAAGUCAUUCAUCUGAAAUAAAUAAUGAGGAUAAAGACUCAACUGAAAAUAAAAAUAAUGUUUUACCCACAUUAAUACCAAGUGAUAUCAAGAUAACAGAGGAUGUAAAUGAUAUUAUGAAUGAAGCCAAAGAGUCUUCUGAAUUGGCAGUUUUAACACACAUAAAUGUAUCUUCUACCACACCUGACAGAGUUAUGAAAAGGAAAUUUGAGCAAGGUGAAAGUGAGAGUAACACUUCAGAUGCAGAAGUUUCUUCAGCAAAGAAACGUAAACCUGGUAGACCCAAAAAACAUUCACCUUCUAAACCAGAUGAAGUCACAGAAACCAUUGUUUCAAAGCAGCCAAAGAAGUUAGCUUUUCUUAAGGCUAAGGCUCAAGCCAAGCAAAUGAAAACAGAGAUGAACAAAACAAAGACUCGUAGUGAAUCAGAAUCAAAGGUGUCAUGUUUCGAGGAAGAUAUCUGGUUUCGUCGUCGUAGCGAAAGGAUUUUUCUUCAUGAUGCUGGUGUUGUUCCUGGAGCCAUGUCUCCAUGGAGAGGAGAAAAUGUAGACCUUUCCUCCACAAGUGUGAAAGAAUUAUCUGUGAAUGAUUCAAAAAAAUUUAUUUCACAGCCACAAAUAAAAUAUGAAACGACAUCCAAAAAUUCAAGAAGUAACAGUAAAUCUGAGGAUAAAUCUGAAUCCUCCAAAAAAUUAAAGGUGAAAAAAGAUUCAGAGUUAUCAAGCAAGAAAAUGAAAACAAAAGAAAACAAAAAACAACAAAAGAAAGAAAAGAUGGUUCCAGAUGAUUUGUUUACAGCUCUAAAGAAGUGUCGACUUAGUGAGAGUAGCCAAGGGAUUACAUCUCCUCAUCCUGCAGAUCUGGAAAAUUCAGAGAGCAGUGAAGGAGAAAAUAUUCCUUUAAGUGCCUUAAUUGACAGGUCAUCUACUCCAGCUUUUCUUGGAGAGCUCCGAUCCUGCCUUCUUCAGCCUCAAGAACUGGAUGAACAUCUGAGAGUUUUAACAAUGGAUGACGGCUUAUUUUAUGCUGGGACUAUUAAAGCCAUUCAAGCCCCUGAUGUGUAUGGCAUUACAAGAGAUGGAGAAAGAGGGAACAGACCUCACAUUUAUUCUCGGGAGGAAAUUUUAAAUGAGGCUAUUGUUGAAGUAAAACCAACAUCAUUGCGCCAUCUACCAGAGGGGCGGAGAAUUUGUGCAUUUUGGAGUCAGCAGUAUCGAUGCAUGUAUCCUGGAACUGUGGCUAAAUCAUCCAGUCCCAAGCGUGAUUCAGAUAGGGAUAUGGUGUAUGUGGAGUUUGAUGAUGGGGAUUCUGGUCGAAUAUCUCUCAAAGAUAUAUGUAUGCUUCCACCAAAUUAUCCUGUUGUGUCAACUGAUCUCAAUCCUCUUAUGUUGCUUGGAAAACGAAGACAGCACCAAGUUUCAGAAGGAAGUAUCACAGACAAUUCAGCUACCACAUCAAGUCAUAAUGGAGAAAAAGUCAAAAUAAAAAAGAACAAAAAUAAAUCCAAGUCUGGAAAGAAAAAAAAUUAUAAGUCACAAAACCAGAACAUGGAUGUUUACUCACAGAUGGGUGAUGUUUCUUACCCAGAAACACUUUUAUCGUUUUCUGGUUCAAAGGACAGCAGUUUUAUCAGUACCACUACUUCAUACAGUGCACCUUUCACAUUAACAACAUUUGCUGCCACUACAACUACAGCUGUAAAUAAUGGGAAAGCUACUUCAGUGUAUUCAUCUAAGAAAGAAAAGAAUAAAAACUCGCAAAAAAAGAAAUCCAAGAAAAGCAAAGGUGAAUCUAGAAGUAAAAUUAAAGAGAAAUCUAAAGAAAAAGAAUGGCAUCAUAUUGGUAGUUCUUCAGAAACAAGUUGUGGUCCUCCAUCAUUGAAAACAAAAAAACACAAGAAACAUAAAGAUGAUCAUAAGCAUCGGCGGCAUCACCACCAUCACCACUGCCAUCAUCACCACCACCAUAAGAAACACAGGCAUGAAAAAAGAAGCAAUCCAAGCAGUCCUGAACAUUGCAUGUCUUCAUCUUGCAGUGAUGCAAAUACAUCAAAAGUUGUUUCAUCAUCAUCAAGAACAUCUCUCACAGAGAAUACUGCAAGUGUUUUAAAAGAUACAUCUUCAUCUUCCCAGCAACUGCCUCUUGUGGAAGUAUCUUCUGAGUCUCUCACAAUUGAAGAAAGAAAUCCCAGUACAGAGAGAAAGAAGUCAGAAUUGAUGCUGAAGAUUAGAACUAAUUCCACUGACAUUCCCCAAGAACACGAUAAAGAAAUAUAUAAAGAGGAUAAGAAAGAUGCAGACGUGGAAUCUUCCUCCGAAAACAGCAGUGAUAGCUCAGAGAGCUCUGAUUCUUCAGACAAAGAAAGAACAACUACAACAUUAUCUACUGUUAAUGAAGAGUCUCAGCAAAAUAUAAAAAAGACUUCUAAAUCAUCUGAGGAUAGCGAGAAAUUCAGUGAGAAAAAGAGGCGAAAAGAUCGCCUCCCUUCAGUUGAAAAAAGUAAAAUAGCAGCCUUUCUCCCAGCUCAGCAACUGUGGCGGUGGGCUGGGAAAAGUUUCAGACGAGCCAGCACUAAAGGAAAAGCAAAGAAAGAGUUUUACAAGGCCAUCAUCAGAGGAAAAGAGACAAUCAAGGUAGGUGACUGUGCAGUUUUUCUGUCAACAGGAAGACCCCACCUCCCCUUCAUUGGAAGAAUCGAAACCAUGUGGCAAUCAUGGGGGGGCAACAUGGUGGUGAAAGUGAAAUGGUUUUAUCACCCAGAUGAAACAAAAGGAGGAAAUCAACUUCUUGAGCCAAAGGGAGCAGUGUUUCAAUCACCACACAUGGAUGAAAAUGAUGUUCAGACAAUCUCCCACAAGUGUGAAGUACUCUCGUGGACAGAAUACAAAGCCAGGAGAGUUGCAGAGACCUCUAGUGGAAAGUCCGAGUAUGGCUCCAUGUUUGACAACAAUGAUGUUUACUAUCUCGCUGGAAGUUAUGACCCCCUUACUGCUUCUCUAAACCUAGAAGCAGGGGUGUCAUGAGAAGCUUUUGCCAAAACAAUACUAUCUUGUUUUUGAAAAUGAUGAUACUGUGAAAGUAUCAACUAUUAAAAAAUUUACUUUCUAUUAUGAUUAUUACUACAGGGAUACUUAUUAAAUGUUCUCAGUGUCAUAUUUACACUGUCUGUAAAAGAUGGAAAAUAAGGCAUAGAAGUGUAUAUGAAAAUAUUAGUUGAGGCAAACAGUAAUUACUUUUAAUAAUUUAUCAUUCAGAUCUGAAAAAGUCUCCCAGUAUAUUCUAAAAUUAUGAGCACAACUAAAAGGUUUACAGUAUGUAAGAAAUUGUUGAUUUAUCAUGAUGUAAGUUUUAAAGUAUCUAAGAAAUUGAUGAUUUAUCAUUAUAUAAGUAAGGAUUGUGUGAAAGGAACACAAGAAAGUGCCAUUUCUUGUGACUUAUAGAUUCCUGAUAAAGAAAAUUGGCUUAUAUUUGUUACUAGGCCUUAUUGUAUUGCACGCACAAAAAAUAUAUUCCUUAAUUAUAUAAUUAAUCUAAUUUUCCUGAGAAUGCAGAAAUAACUUCCAAUUUUUUUAUAGAAUCAACACUGACUAAUUUGGAUGCUGUGAGAACGGGAGGUUUGAUGUUAUUAAGAAGUCCAGUGUACUGCAAUUGACUAUUUUUUAUGCUUUUUGCAAGUUGCGUAACUGUGUAAGAUAAAAUGGUGAGAAGCUGACAUCAGUAAUAGUCUAUAAAUAUCUUUUGUGUGUGUUUGAAGGCAUUUCCUUAUUAGAUCACCCAUCUAUGUUUGUGUGUAAUUUGUUACCUUUAAUGUAACAUGUAAAAUAAUCUGUUUGGGUAUGAGACAUUUAGAAAUAUUUUGUGGUUUUUAAUUUAGAUGUGAUAAUAUAAGACAAGUUAAGCUGUAUAGAUAUAUCUUUUAAAAGGAUGGUUAGUUUUGUGAACAAUUCUUACAUUAAAAAAUGUUUGAAAGUCACACAGAUCAACAUUCAUAAUUGUAUAAGGAAUGUUUUAACAUGUUUGUGUUUUACUUUUAAUCUUUAUAAAACAUGUACUUGUAGUUUUGAAAUUUAUAGCAAGAACCAAGCUACUCAGUAUAAUCACUACUAGUUUCAGCACUCAUUCCCACAGACCACUUUUGCUGCUAUAUCAUCAGCCCCUAACCAAGUGUCAGUGUCUUCUGUUAAAAGUUUUUUUGAGAUGUGAGAAUAAAAUUAAGUAGUGUGGGGGAGGUCAAGCAAUUGUAAAUGAUGAGUCAAAUCUUUGAAGCCUUGGUCUUGAAACAUUAAAAAUGAAAUAACUUCUAUUUACUUGUAAAGAAGUUAAUAACGUCUCUAGCAUCACUUUCUAAUACUUGCUAAUAUUUAGAAAGUAAAAAUACAACAGAAGCAUCUACAGAUAUUGUGCACAGACUGUUAACAAUGUACAUUAGGGUUUUCAUGCACUAAAAGAAACAGAAAAGGUUGGAGACAAAAUUGUAAAUUGAUAGAUAUCUCAUUAGAUAAUUAAUGCACUGGGGACAAAUAUUCAAUAGAUAAAUAGUUCAUUAGGUACAUUUUGCACCAAUAAUACAGUGACGAUUGGUAUUAAUAAUGUUGUUAAUGGAAGUACAAAAAGAGUUGUUUCUUUAUUAAAAGAUCUAUAACAAAAAGUUUGUGCCUUAAAAGAGUGCAGUUUUAUAGUUACAGGAAAUUUUAGGUAAAAGAGAAGUUUGGAAGAAAAUAGUUGUUAAUUUUGUACCUUAAGCUGUAGUCUAAUACAGUUUUUUUUAUGGGUUUAUAGUAAAUUAACCCAUAAGUUACAUUAAUCCAAAUGGUGAAAAUUUUUGUUUGAAUCUUAAUUUUUAUUCAUUUUUUAAUUCUCUUGAGAAUGAUAAACUAUUUAAGAUGAACGUGCAAACACAUUCUAGUUCAGCAUAUACACUUUUUUUAUCCUGUACAGAAAACUAACAAGUUACACACACAAGUGUUUUGUUGCUGUGAAGAAUCUUGAUAUAAAUCAAGAUAAUCACCAUUUUGUUUAACAUUUAUCACAGUUUAUCUUCACUGUUGUAACAGUAAUAUUAAAACAGGUAAUUUAAAAUAUUUAAAUCAUACUUGCUGAGUUAUGGAAGAUUUAAUUCGUAAUAUUUACAUGAAGUAAUAAUGGCCAUAUAGUAUCUAAGUAUAAGACUAUUUCAGAUAACAGGUAACAAAAUAUAUGUAGUAGUUUAAGUAUUACUCAUGAACAUGUGUACAGUAUUUUACAAAUAUAUACUUGACAACAAGUGCAAGGUAGUUUUGUAGUCCAGCAGUAGACAUGUAAUACUAAGAUUAACCACAGAGAAAAUCCACCAUUAGAGCCAUCCUAUUAUUGAAAUCAAAUUAAUUAAACAUUCCCCAGUUUAGAGUAAAACCUAUAAAUGUGAACUGCAAUGUCCUCAAAGUUACCUUAGGGUUUUCAAGUGAGAGAGAGCAAAAGGCAUAAUGUAAUAUGUGAAUCAGGAUUAUUCAGCCAUUAACAGGGUUUCAUUUGUUGAUUUUAUGAAUGUGACUUUCUAUGAAACAUUGCUAUGAAUAUUGUGGACUCAUCUUGACCAGUAGAAAGAAAGGCAAGUCUUCAUUUUUAAUAUGCAAGCUAUGCUUUUAAUUACUUUUCAGCUAAAGAUAUCACAUAGCAUUUGUUCUUGAAUCACAAAAUAAUGAACUGAUUUGUAGUCACUUUUCUUUUUAAAUUUGUAAAUUAUCAGAAACAUGUCCAUAGAUAUUUGUCUAUAUGCAAACACUUGUAUAGUCUUACACAUAACUGAAUAUUUUAAAAGAAAAAAUAAAUGUAAAAUACUAUAUAUGAAUAUAUAUAUAUAUAUAUUAUAUAUAAUAUAUGUUAUAUGGAAUUACUAUCACGUAUGUAUGCCUAUAUUUUUGUAAGAUUAGUAUGGCUUGGAGGGUGUUGGUGAUAUUAAUAUUUGUAUAGGAAGGGUAUAUUUUGGGAGUUUACUUACAAUUCCCAGGCUGAUAUGAACCUGAAAGGUUUGCUGCUUUGUUCAAGAAAAUGCUUGUACAAUUCUGUCUGUGAUGAGUAAGCUAAUAAAUGUUAUAUGUUGCCUGACAUAAUUGGUGGCUAAAAUCCUGUCUUCAUGUAAUUUUUUGUCACAGUAGUCUACAAAGCAAAUAUAUAUAUUAUCUUUCAGUUUCAGUAGGGUUUUGUGUAAUAAUAUAUUAUGAUGUUAUGCAACAUUCUAAGACAUAUCAUCUUAUUAUAAGUGUGCUAUAUAUUAUGUUCUGCAUUUCUUGUUCAAUUGAAAAAAUAAGUACUGUCACUUUUAUUCAUUGUUUACAUAAUCACAUGUACAAAGACAUCAAUUAGUGGCUUGUACUACUUGUUCAAUAAAUCUGUAAAGCUGUUACAAUAA